AGCAAGGUCAGGCACAGCUGCACAGCAAGGUGCGGAAAAAGAAGGAAGAGAAGAGUGUGUUUGGAUAAGAAAAAUGGAGAAGAUAGAACACACAAGAGUAUCCACAAAUGGCAUCAACAUGCACGUAGCAACAAUAGGGACAGGCCCUGAAAUCCUCUUCCUACACGGCUUCCCUGGACUCUGGUACUCAUGGCGACACCAACUGCUUUCUCUUUCCUCCCUUGGUUACCGCUGCAUAGCCCCUGAUCUUCGUGGCUAUGGCGACACCGACGCUCCUGAAUCUGUGAAUCAAUACACUGUUUUCCACAUUGUGGGAGACCUGAUCGGCCUCCUUGACUCGCUAGGGAUCCAGCAAGUAUUUUUAGUGGGUCAUGACUGGGGGGCCUUAAUAGCCUGGUCCUUGUGCAUAUUUAGACCAGAUAGAAUCAAGGCCUUGGUAAACACGAGCGUCGCCUUCAUGCCGAGGAACCCACAAGUAAAGCCUCUGGAUGGGUUCAGGUUUAUGUUCGGUGAUGAUUACUAUAUCUGCCGAUUUCAGGAACCUGGAGAGGCCGAAGAAGACUUUGCUCAAGUUAAUACUGCCGAAUUGAUUAAAUUGUUUUUUACAUCUCGCAACCCAAGGCCACCUAUCUUUCCCAUGGAAGUAGGAUUCAGAGCUUUACCAGAUCCCCCAAGCCUGCCUUCUUGGUUGACAGAAGAAGAUAUCAAUUUCUAUGCUGCCAAAUUUAACCAGACAGGCUUCAGUGGAGGAUUGAAUUAUUAUCGAAAUAUUAACCUAAAUUGGGAGCUCACAGCUGCAUGGACUAGGGUGGAAAUCAAAGUGCCCGUGAAGUUUAUCAUAGGAGAUCUGGAUCUUACGUACCACAUUCCUGGUGUCAAGGAAUAUAUACACAAUGGUGGCUUCAAGAAAGAUGUGCCCCUCCUGCAGGACGUGGUUGUAAUGGAAGGAGUGGCUCACUAUCUCAACCAAGAAAAGCCAGAGGAGGUUAAUAAACACAUUUAUGACUUCAUUAAGAAGUUCUGAUCAGAAAUAAUAGCCACGUGUUCUGUCUGUUAGGCCCUAGCGAGGUCAUGUUAACUUGCUCUUCCUCAACUUUAAUUGAAUAAAUGCUCCAUCUAGUCUCUCGGGGUCUAUGAAAUGUCACCGGAAGUUCAUCCUGUUAAUCUUCUUUGAUUUUGAAGGGAAUUUAUUGUCUUUUACUUCA